AUGAGCCGGAGCGAGCUAGAAUCAGCGAAGCGGAACGAGGGCGGAGGAGGGCAGGCGGCAGCAAUGCAGCAGCGCAGCAGCGUGUUGUGGUCUAGACGCUCGCCCGGCAAAGACAAGGUCGAGAGCCUGUGGGCCGACGACGCGGUCGACGCGGCUGCCCGGGCUGCCCGGGCUGCGUUGGACGGCUCGCUCGUUGUCGCACGGCCAUGCCCGCCGCGUCUUGACGCAGUAUGUGCGAGAGGCGCGAUGAACCCGACGUCCAAGGCCGAGCAUGUUGCCGGCGCACCAGCACACAAUCGGUCCACCGCGGGCAGGCAGCCGGAAGGUGCUGCAGCGGGUCGCAAGGCAAAACGCCCCGGAGAAUCUCGCCAACCAAGAAUGCACGCUCACAUGUCAGGCUCGUCAGCCACGCUCUGGACGCCAACCCGAGCUGACGUGCUGCAUGCGCACCAGGGUUUUUUGCAUGUUUAUGCGGUAAGCUUCUGGCAGCGUGCUCGAGUGCAUCGCAGAUCGAAAGGACAGGCACAACUGAAACGCGGCGAGCGAGCUCCGGCUGAUCAUUGCACUGCAGCAGCAGCAGCGUCACCAUCAUUACCAUCAGUUUCAUCUUCUCCCUCUUCAUCUUCUUCACCACUGACGGAUCUCGAAGAAGCGGCUUCCCAUCCAGGCGGACCUGCAAGCCAGCUUGGGCACAGCAGCCGGUGUGUGGAAUAA